ACCAAACUGAACACAACCCUUUCGUGUGUUUUAUAUCUAUAUACGCGCAAUUAUUCCUGACACUUUCUCAACAACUUCUCGUUCAACUCCGUCAUUCUCGACUUCUUCACACACGACACAAAACUGCCCAAUAAUAAUAAUCAUAAUAAAUCAUAUCCUGCAUUGGAGCUGAAAACCCAUUUCAUUUUUCCAAAAAUUCACUUCAAAAACCCAGUAAAUAUCUUUACAAUUUUUGCGACGAAUUAGCGACGAAAACGGUGUGUUAAUUUGGGGGUUUGAAUGGAUUCAAGUUCAACGCCUCAAGUUAGGUUCACGUUAGGGAGACAAUCAUCAAUGGCGCCGGAGCGGGUAUCCGGAUCCGAAUCGGAAGAUGAGGAGGUGGAUGGGUCGGAUCUGAUUGAUCCGAGGGUUAGGUUGAUGUUUUUUUCGAGUGAAGGUGAUUUAGAUGGGAUUAAAGAACUAUUGGAGUCUGGAACUGAUGUUAAUUUUAAAGAUAUUGAUAAUCGGACUGCGUUACAUGUGGCUGCUUGUCAAGGGUUUUGUGAUGUUGCUGAGUUGUUGUUGAAUGCUGGUGCUGAUGUUGAUCCCAAAGAUCGUUGGGGUAGCACUCCUCUUGCAGAUGCAAUACAUUACAAGAAUCAUGAUAUGAUCAAGCUUUUGGAGAAGCAUGGAGCCAAACCUCUGAUGGCCCCCAUGCAUGUCAAAAAUGCGCGUGAAGUUCCAGAAUACGAAAUUGAUGCUAAAGAACUUGAUUUUACAGACAGUGUAGACAUUACUAAGGGUACCUUCACCAUAGCUUCAUGGCGUGGAACGAAAGUCGCAGUUAAAAAACUUGGAGAUGAGCUUUUUACCGAUAAGGAAAAAGUGAGGGCUUUUAGGGAUGAACUUGAAUUACUUCAGAAGAUACGCCAUCCAAAUGUGGUUCAGUUUCUUGGUGCCGUAACUCAAAGUAGUCCAAUGAUGAUAGUGACAGAGUAUUUACCAAAGGGCGAUCUUCGUCUAUUUUUAAAGCGGAAAGGAGCACUAAAGCCAAUAACCGCUUUGAAAUUCGCCAUGGAUAUAGCAAGGGGGAUGAACUAUUUGCACGAGAAUAAACCAGAACCGAUUAUUCACAGGGAUCUAGAGCCUUCGAAUGUUUUGCGGGCUGAUUCUGGACAUCUAAAAGUUGCAGACUUCGGAAUUAGUGAGCUGCUUAAAGUGGCUAAUAAGACAGCCAAACAAGAGAAACUCCUGUCUUAUCAUGACACUACAUGGAGAUAUGUUGCUCCUGAGGUGUUUAGAAAUGAAGACUAUGACACUAAAGUGGAUGUUUUCUCAUUUGCCUUGAUUUUGCAAGAGAUGAUUGAAGGCCAACAACCAUUUUAUAAUAAGAAGGAAGAUGAUGUUCCGAAAGCAUAUGUUUCAAAAGAACGCCCUCCGUUUAAUGCCCCAGCAAAGAGUUACGCCCAUGGGCUUAAAGAGUUGAUUGAAGAGUGUUGGCAUGAGAAUCCAGCUGAGAGACCGACAUUCCGAAAGAUAAUCUCUCGGUUGGAAUCAAUCUAUAACUCUAUUAAUCGUAGGAGGCGUUGGAAGGUUAAGCCAUUGAAGUGGUUUCAGAAAAUGGAGACGAUGUGGAAGAAAGAAGAUUCUGAAAGAAGCAGCCGUGACCGAUCAUCUCACAUAUAAGAUGGUCAACGGUUGCCUUUUUCGGCUCUUGAAGUAACCUUCACAGAUGCUAAAGUAGCUGGAGAAGGCAGUUUCUUGUUCAAAAAUUGUUGUGCAAACUCAUUUUAUUAUGUACAAUUAGAUUUCUUGUUGUUAAUUUCUAGUGUCAUCUUCCACUUAUGAUUUGUUACAAAACUUUAUGCUGCUAUACUGCACAAAGAUGUCACAAAUUGUUUUUUUUUUUCAAAAUACAUGAGGUUCAUGGUUGAAUGCCUUUAGAUGUCU